AUGUCACACACCACGGCAGCACUCGCCAAAAGCCAGGCGAAACAGGAAUCUCUGAAAAUCCUGAUUGACGAAUAUAACAUACAUUUUCAAUCGGCCGACGAUGACCUGCCGUCAAAUCUCCAACGUGAGUAUGACGUUGUGCAGGAUAUCGAGAACGCAACCAUCAACGAAAAUAUUCGGAGAAGCUCAAAGGAAACGCAAUACCGGACAAUGGAGAUCUGGGAAGCUGUACGAUCGUGCGCGAAAAAUGAGAAUAAUGAAGAUACAUGGCGACACGAGGUAGAAACCAAGAUCUUCAAACCUCUGAAGCACCACGCCUGCUCCAAGUGCGGCAAGCGACUUUGGAAAGCAGACGUCGAGUUUCCGAUCGGGAAGGAGGUUGGUAGAAGGCGGGAGAACCUCCAAAAACGACGAGACAAACGAGAAAAGUGCGCCUGUACGCCGGACGGUCCUCUGUGCUCAGCCUUGUCCACCAGGGACCCGCGCCUUAAACACCGCGUUCUGGAAGGACUGUAUAGUCGCCACGUGCAGUAUGAGCCAGACCUUGCGAGACGAGCACCAGCAGGGAUUUUCCCGGAUCUGGUCGUGGGACUCGCAGAUAGUGACAACUUUAGGAACGUCCUUCGGUCGCCCAGCGAAAAUUCCCGUGGCAAGCGAGUAGGUGAUGAUAUCAAGUCCGAUCUCUUUGCCAGCACUGGAAGUAUCAACGAGAGUGGAAUGAUCUUCCCAUUUUUGGUACUUGAGGCUAAAAGGGCGCGGGCACCGGACAGUUGGGAGGAUAUGCAACGGCAGAUGGCGCUACCAGCGUAUGAGAUGCUGAGAAUGCAAACUGCUCUUGUUGAGCGCUCUCUACCCGCGCUCAUGGGCGAGGGGCUACCUAAAAUAUGGCUUGUCAGCUUCAAGGCCCAGAUCUGGAAGCUCUAUGUUGCUACUGCAGAGCGAGGCCCUACGGGGAGGUAUACAACUAGGAUCGUUAAAAUGUGGACUGGCGAUGUCGAGGAUAAGGAUGGUGCCUUGAAGCUAGUCUUAUUGGUCGACUGCAUCUUCGAUUGGGCUUUAGAGUUCUAUCGAUUUGACAUCUUCGACAGCUUGAAAUCGAUGGUGACGCAAAACGCCAAUAUUCGCAGCGCCUGUAUAGCACCCAGUGUCUCCGAACUGCCCAGUAGUUCGGGAAGGGUGGACAUCUCCACUGACUCCGAUCCCUGCUUUGAGAAUCUCGAGUCCAUCCCCGACGAGCCUCGGCCCACGGAUGUCAUAAAAUACAAGAAUGGAUGGGUUCGCGAUGUAAGACAGAUCUUAGUAUCUGGCGGGGGCCUGUUUAUCACAGCCAGCAACAUUGCAGAGAUCUUCGACAAUUUUGAACAUCCAGAUCAUGCGAAACGUUUCGCACGGUUCAUUUGGGCAAUUCUCAGUCCGAAUGCGCUGCUCUUCCACAACGAAGACAUAUUGGACCGCGUUAGAGAAGUAUGGACAGGCGAGAGGGAUAGGAGGCAACACUUAUCAAACUCGAAGAUUUAUUUGCAACUUGAGGACUACGCUUACAUAGACAUUCAGUGGCAGUUAAAGAAAGACUUGGCUUUUGUGGCUGCCACCGAGGAUAGUAUACCCGAGCUUUUCCGUCGUACAAUGUACGUCAAACGGUCGCUUCACGAAAUAGAACAAUCUCGACGCCCAAAUAUCACCGAGGAGAGAAUUCUGGAGGACAUACGCGAUUCCCGCUCCGUCGAUUUUGCCGAAUUGAACCUCCAAGAUGCAGCCGAGCGCUCGCGUUGUCGACUCGGGGGACGAUUGGAUACCUCGGUGCCGAGCUGUGUUAAGGCCUUUCAGGAAAUCUUUCGAAUGUAUCAGGUGGGCCAGAGAGAACCCUCGGAAAAUUUUAUCAAGAUAUGGCAUCAUCCUGGGCCUAUCAUUGCGACCGAAUCUCCUCAGCCAUCGCUUGUUAUCGGCACUGCGGACUACAGAGACUGGCUUCACGUCGACCGUCGCAAUAGAACGCCGCAACUCUGUUUAUUUGUUCCUAAGAACCUGAGUAACUGGAGUAGUUCUCAGACCGCGGCAGCUCUGGAGCUCAUCCAAAAACAAGAUGACAGCUUUGAUCGUACUGUCCUCAGAGGCGCAUAUUUCUCCGGAUAUACGCAGUUCGAUGACAAUUGCGGGCUGACCAUCUCACCGUCUGAUCCUCUGCCUGACCCAAUCUCCAUCAAUGACUUGGGUCCAACCCCUGAAUCACUGAUUGAUAAAUGGCUCCAGGAGUUGAACAACGACGCAAUGAGUGAUUCCGACAGCGAUAACGACCGUUACUCUACGGAUGAUCUUGACCAUCGAGGAGAGUAA